UUCUCUUACGGACCGCUCUCGAGCUUCUCUCUGAUAGUUACGUAUAUGGUGACAGCAUGGUGGUGAUCUUUCUAACCCUUUAAUGAGAUUAGAUUGAUGCUCGCGUGGAUUGUUGUUAGUUGAAAUCGACGAAGAAUCAAACUCAAGCGAAGAUGGUGUCAAGAGCAACAUCGAGAAGGAUUCCCGAGGUGGAACCGCGAAUAGAUUAUGUGCAAUGCGACGGUCUGGUGGUGAUGAAAAUGGUAAAACAUUGCCACGAAGAAUCAUCGAGUAACAUGGAAGUCGCGCAAGGUGCUCUUCUUGGCUUGGUAGUGCAGAACCGCUUAGAGAUAACAAAUUGUUUUCCUUUUCCUAAGAACGAUGAAAUUAUGGACGAGGAAGAAUAUCAGCUUGCCAUGAUGCGAAGACUGAGAUGGGUGAACGUUGAUCAUUUUCAUGUUGGUUGGUAUCAAAGCGCAGAUGUUGGCAACUUCUUGAAUCUGUCUCUUCUGGAGUCACAGUAUCAUUAUCAAACUUCUAUAGAAGAGUCAGUUGUUCUUAUUUAUGAUACAGCAAAAUCAGCCAGAGGUUUCUUAACACUCAAAGCUUAUCGUCUAACUUCGCAAGCUAUACAAAUGUACAAGGAAAAUGAAUUUACUCCAGAAGCUUUGCGCACCUUAAAAAUUGGAUAUGAAAGUCUUUUUGUGGAAAUUCCGGUAGUGAUAAAAAACAGUAACUUGACAAACAUCAUGAUGUCUGAAUUGGACGAAAUGAUUCCCGAAGAACAGGGUACCAAAUAUUUGGAUCUGGGAACUGCUAGUGUAUUAGAGAACCAGUUACGAUGUUUGAUGGAUCGAGUGGAUGAGCUGAAUCAGGAAGCUAUGAAGUUUAACAGAUAUCAGCAAUUGGUAGUGCGACAACAGCAAGACAAAAAUAGGUUAUUGGCUAAAAGAGCACAAGAGAAUGCGGCUAGAGCUGCGAAAGACGAACCACCUCUACCUGAUGACGAUAUCAAUAAACUGAUGAGACCACUGCCAGUUCCACCAAGAUUAAACCCAAUGAUUGUUGCUGGACAAAUUAAUACAUACAGUGAACACAUUUCCCAAUUCUGUUCUCAAAGUUUAGCAAAAUUGUACAUUACUCAAAGCCUACAAAAUGCAAAGGAAGCAAAGUCUUCCCAUUAAAAAAACUAUUGUGUUGUGAAUAUUGACAAUAAUUGAAUAUUUGCAAUAUUUACAACAUUUAAAAACUAAAA